GCGUCAGAGUAGAAGAACGAACCCAAGAAGAGGAGAGAAAUGUGAGACAAAAAAAUUCAGAAAAUAAAAAGGUAAAAGAAGACUUUCAACUUCAGAACUUUAAAACCAGAAGCUCAGUAGCAAGGGUUCGUUUUCAGAGCAGGUGUUUUUGCUGCUGAAGAUUUUUCUUUUGCGUGGACUUGCUGUAGAGAAACAGACACCAGAGGAGGAGAACAUUUGGAGGGUCCAGUGUGCCGGUAGAGUGUGAAAAUGUCUCGGAGGCCUUUUCUCAUCUUUCUGGGAAUCACUGCAGCCGCUGUUCUCACAGUUCAAGGAUCCUGGAGGGGAGACAACAAGCAGUCAAAUCCUGCCGUCUACCACUCUGAUGAUGAUUAUGAGUGGACCACAUGGUUCAACGUUGACCACCCAGGGGGCCGAGGAGACUACGAGCAGCUGGACGCCAUUCGCUUCUACUACCGUACCAGAGUGUGUGAGACUCCACGUGCCAUUGAAGCUAGGACCACAGAAUGGGUGCCGGCCCGGGAAACUGGGGAGACGGUGCACGCAGACCCAACUGUAGGAUUUUGGUGUCUCAACGAAGAGCAAAGUCCUGGACACAACUGCUCUAAUUAUGCAGUCCGUUUUCUCUGUCCAAAAGAAAGACGCGUGAACAUUCAGGGAAUGUGGAGUCUUUGGUCAAACUGGAGCCCUUGUCCUGCGCUCUGUGGUCAAGUGGGCGUGCAGCUUCGCUAUCGAAGCUGCCAGACUCAAUCGAUAACUUGCAAUGGGCCGAAAAUAGAAGGAAAACCAUGUAAUGGACCUGAGUGCGUGAAGACAGAUUGCUAUCUGCACUGUGUGAUGGGGAAAGUGAAUGCUGACUGUGAUGCUUGCAUGUGUGAAGAGCACAUCCUUCUGGGUUCUGUGCGAAGUGCCGGUGGCCUGAUUGCUGAGGGGGCAGCCAUCCUUCGCUCAGGCAAACUCCUGACACUCACGGACCACAACGGACACUUCCGAAUCCCCGGAAUCUGCCCUGAUGGCAACACAACCUUGACAAUCAGCCUGCAGGGUCAUGCAACUCUUGAUGUUGCUGUGCCCAUAACCUCUGAGCGGACCUCGGUUCUCAGCGUGCAGCUGAAAAGAGCGGAAAAGCUUCAUGUCGUGAGCAACCCUAAGAGUAAAGCAAGGAGAGAGGGACAAAGUGCCGCCUUUUGCUGCAAAGUAGCUGGAACACCUCCGCCUGACAAGUACCAAUGGUUUCAUAACAACAUUCUGAUGGAAAUGCAAUCGGAGAGCACCCUAGUCCUGAAAGAUUUACGUCCAGAGCAAGCAGGAGAGUACUACUGCAGAGCAAGUGGGCCGUCCGGCGCUGUUAAGACUGAACCCGCCACUCUAAAAAUCAUAGGUAGAGAAGAGCAGUCGUGCAGCCCUAAACCUGAACCUCACCUCAUUCGCCUCCCACACGACUGCUACCAAAAGAGCACAAACUCCUUCUACUACAACGUGGGAAAGUGCCCCUCAGGUACAUGUGCUGGACAGCUGGACAAUGCCAUCAGGUGCAAAGACAACGUGGCAUACUGCUGCGGUGUGGCGAGGAUGGAAGAGAGGCAGCUGACGUGCCAAGGCUACCAGCUGCCCACCAUGGUGGUGACAGAGUGCGGCUGUCAGAAAUGUGUGGAGACCAAGGCCACUGUGUAUGGUUGGGCCAUUGCUGCAGACAACGGUGAGCCAAUGAGGUUCGGCCACAUCUUCAUGAACGGAGUCAGGAUUAGCCGCACGGGCUACAAAGGCACCUUCUCUGUCCAGGUUCCCCCUGACACUGAAAGACUGGUGUUGACUUUUGUUGACAACAUGCAGAAAUUUGUCAACACUACAAAGGUGCUCCCAUUUAACACUAAAGGCGGAGCUAUUUACCAUGAAAUCAAACUUCUACGGAAGAAAGCUCCUGUGACCAUCAGCUCCUCAGAAACUAACACUCUAGAUCUAGGGGAGGUAGAGGGCCAGGACCCAAUGGUACAAAUCCAGAUUCCACCUCACUCCUUCUAUAAAGAGAACGGAGAGGUCUUCACUGGUAACGUCAAUGCAAGCGUUACGUUCUUAGACCCGAGAGAUGUCUCUACCGCUGCUGCGGCUUCAAGUGACCUUAACUUCAUAGGAGGUGAAGGGGAUUUACUUCCACUGAGAACCUACGGCAUGUUUUCAGUUGACUUCAGAGGUGAGGAAAAUAACGAGCCUCUAAAUGCGGGCGAGGUGAAGGUUUUCCUGGACUCUGCCCAGGUAAAGAUGUCAGAGCAUCUCAGCAGCAUGAAGCUGUGGUCACUGAACCCUGACACUGGGCUGUGGGAGGAGGAAGGCAGUCUGCUGCUGGAGAAGAAAAAGAGGGGCAAAAGGGAGGAGAGAACGUUUUUGAUCGGAAACAUGGAGAUCAGAGAGAGGCGUCUGUUCAAUCUCGACGUCCCUGAAAACCGCAGGUGUUAUGUAAAAGUGAGAGCUUUCCGCAGCGAGCGCUUCAUGCCCAGCGAGCAGGUAGAAGGAGUCGUGGUGAGUCUCAUAAACAUGGAACCAACAGCUGGCUACUCCUCCAAUCCGCGUGCCUGGGGUCGUUUUGAUAGCGUCAUCACUGGCCCCAACGGAGCUUGUCUUCCAGCCUUCUGUGACGAACGGAAACCUGAUGCGUACUCUGCAUACGUGAUGGCUAACCUUGGAGGGGAGGAACUGGAGGCUGUGCCCUCUGCCCCUAAACUCAAUCCCAGCCUCGUCGGAGUGCCCCAGCCUUACCUGAGCAAACUCAACUACAGGCGGACCGACCACGAGGACCCCAGAGUAAAGAAGACCGCAUUUAGCAUCAACGUGGCAAAACCAGGUCCUAAUGCAGCCGAGGAAUCCAACGGACCAGUGUAUGCAUUUGAAAAGCUGAAAGAAUGUGAGGAGGCCCCGUUUAGUGCGGCACACUUCAGGUUUUCAAGAGUUGAAGGAGACCGCUAUGACUACAACACCGUGCCAUUCAAUGAAGAUGACCCGAUGAGCUGGACAGAGGAUUACCUGAGCUGGUGGCCUAAACCCUUGGAAUACCGGGCCUGCUACAUCAAGGUUAAAAUCAACAGUCCACAUGAAAUCAACGUAAGGUCUCGUAACAUGGGUGGCACCCAUCCAAAGACGGUAGGCCAGCUGUACGGCCUCAGAGACACCCGCAGCAUUCGGGAUAUGGAACAGGCGAACGUUUCAGCGGUGUGUCUGGAGUUCAAGUGCGGCGGCAUGCUGUACGAUCAGGACCGUGUGGAUCGUACCCUGGUGAAGGUGAUCCCUCAAGGUAGCUGUUGGAGAGACCAUGUGAACGCCAUGCUUCAGGACUACCUGGUGAACCACCUACCUCUGGCGGUCAACAAUGACACCAACGAGUUCACCAUGCUGGCACCUCUGGACUCUCUGGGCCACAACUACGGGAUCUACACAGAGACGGAACAGGAUCCUCGCACAGCAAAAGAGAUCGCGCUCGGGCGCUGCUUCGACGGCACUUCUGAUGGCACAUCUCGGGUCAUGAAAACCAACGAGGGCGUGGCACUAAGCUUCACCUGUGGGGACCGGGAAGUGACACGCCAGAGUGUCUUUCAAGCUAUGCAGAGCUCUCAAAGUCAGAUAGCAACGAGUGUUGGGCGAGGAGACAACAGGAAGGCCAGACGCAGACAGAGGGCCAACACACCCCGCAGGAGUGGGAAACGUAGCACCUGAGGUCCGACUCCGGACCCACCAGGCAGAAGAUGAGUGACUCUAAAGUUUGUCUACACGCAGACCUUAGCGAAAAGCUACAAAAAGGUCUGGAAACGACGAGACACUGAAGCAGUUCCUGUUGUUUAAAUGAUUUACCAAAACAUAUUCAAGUUGCAGUUAACUUUCAGUUUUAGUUUAUGGACAUCAGAAUUGGGCUAGUGAUUUAGGAAGUCUUGCUUUUUAAUUAUGUAUAGCCCGUCUUUCUUCUGGGCCCAAAUGUAAUUGAACAAAUUUGCAUAAAAGAAAUAAACGUACAUUUUUAAAACAUC